UUGGUACAUGUAUAUAGCUAGCUAGUGCAAGCAUGGCAUCAAAGUGUGUGGCUGAACCAGAUCAGUCACCACCUCAUGUUGUUCAAGACCCUCCCACUAACGAAACAGCUGAACUAGCUAUAGACUAUGACUUUGUCGAGCAGCCUGACCAAGACUACUUCUGUCCUGUGAGCUUAGAGCUACUUGUUGAGCCACACCAAACGUCAUGCUGCGGCCAUCACAUCUCCCAGCAAGCUGCUAAUAGACUUGGUAGAGAACGAAAGCCUUGUCCAAUGUGCAAGAAGGACAAAUUUGGUACUCACGAAGAUUUGUACUUCAAGAGAAAAGUUCGCCAGCUUAAGGUUCGCUGUCCCUACAAAAAGAGUGGGUGUGAGUGGACGGGGGAACUGGGGGACCUGAACCACCACAUCACUGCCUGUCCAAAACGUCCCUGGAAGUGCCAAUAUUGUGACUUUAAAUCGAUCUACGAGAUGGGACCAACUGACCACACCCCCAACUGUGCCAACUACCCACUGCCCUGUCCCAACCAAUGUGAGAUCGGUACCGUCCCUCGCUGCCAAGCUGAUAGCCACCUGCUGGAGUGCCCCCUACAACUAGUGGAGUGUGAGUUUGCUGGUAAUGGAUGUGACGUGAAGGUCCCUCGAAGAGAUCUGGCUGGUCACAUGACAGAAAAUGCCCAACACCACCUCAUGACAGCUACCCUCCUCAACCUGAGACUCACGAAAGAGCUACACCAGAAAAUGGAGGAGAAAGAUCAACAGAUUGUCGAAUUAAAACAGCAGCUGACAGAGCAAGAAACAAAAAGGACAACUAAAAAUGAGCUUCAACAGCAGACCAAGGACAUCGAUACUAAGCUUCAACAGCAGACCAAAUACCUCGAUACCAAGCGUCAACAGCAGACCAAGGACCUCGAUACUAAGCUUCAACAGCAGACAAGGGACCUAGAUACUAAGCUUCAACAGCAGACCAAGGACCUCGAUACUAAGCUUCAACAGCAGUUAGAAACGUCUAUCCAGCUGUCAACAUUCACUUGUCAUACACACACUCUAACUGGCUUCAAUCGAUGUCAGGCAACAGGAGGUGAUGGUAGCUGGUACAGUGAACCUUUCUACAACUAUCCAGGAGGGUACAAGUUUGAACUAAACAUUGACACCAAUGGAUAUGGGAGUGCUGAGGGAACACAUAUCUCACCCUUCCUCUAUCUGUUCAAAGGUGACUAUGACACAAAGCUACACUGGCCACUAAAGCUCAUAGUGAUACUGGAUAUGCUCAACCAAGAAGAAGAUCACGGGGACCAUUCGGCGACCACGGCGAUGGAGUUCAAACAAGCGAAUAGCGAUAUCAAUUAUAAAUUAAUCGGAAGUACCUACAAGUUCUACCCCUUAGCACAAUUGAAAGCAAAAAACUAUCUAAGAAACAACGAAAUAAAGUUCAGGCUUUGGCUUAAAGUUAUGUAGUUGACUAUAAACACUGAACUCACUGCUUGUCUUGUAGAAGCAGUCCGAGUUGAUGUAGAAUAGUUACUGUGAUGUCAUCACACUGAGUAGAAAAAGACCCUGCAUAGAGUCAUUAGAGUCAUUAUAGUCAGUAUAUAUAGCUAUUGUGUAUAAUUAUGAACUUUUGAAUGAAAAUAUA